GUCUGCGUCUGAGGUGGGCCUUAUCAUUUCUGAAGGACUAUAAGACGUUUGGGAGGCCCAACGAAAGAUACCAUCCGAUUUAAACUGUCCUGCAACUCAGGUGCCCUACUCAACAGCCAUGAAGUUCUCUCUUGCCGCCCUGGUUGUUGUGCUUGCUCUGGCACAUGGAAGCCAAGCAGCACAGUGCCCCGAGGUUGAGAAACUGACACAGUACUUCCAGGAUCUGUCAGCUCAGCUGACCUCCACCACUCAGGAACUGGUGCAGAAGAUCCAGUCAGAGACCUUCUUAGAGGAUGGAAAGGCCCAGCUGCAGCAGAUCCAGGCCAAGCUGGCACCACUGGCCGAUGACAUGCAGGCCCAGCUGAAGCCCCUGGCUGAGAACAUGCAGGCUCAGCUCAAGCCUCUGGUCGACAACGUCCAGGCUCAGAUAGAAGACCUCUUCCGCAAGGUGAUGGACCAGACCAAGGCACUCAGCCAAUAAAGCAUCUCUUUUUCAACAACCUGACCAUCUUGGACCGAAUCAACAGCUCCAUAGGCUUACAAGAAGCCAAAACCAGUCCACCAAGAAUUGGAACCAGACAAACCUUCUGUUUAAGUCAUUUGAAUUUGUGCCAAGACCAAUGUUGUUGACAUGCAAAGACAGACAGUAGUAAUCUGGAACAUCAUUAAAACGUGUAAACUGGU